UCACGAAACUCGAAAGUCCCAGUUAGCAGUUAGCACAGAGCUGAGAGCAAUAAACUGUGUUUACGUCUGUGGUCUUGUAGCUGCUCUUCUGUCAAAACGUAUAUUCAGUCUUCAGAACAAUUGUAAAUUUGUUGUUGUGGAGGAAUAUCGCUUGAUGAAGAGUUUAGUUUUUUUUUAAAUUUAUUUUCACUGUUCUUCUACAACUUUUCACGGUGAAUCUUUAACUUAACUAGAAAUCGAAAGACAGAGUCUGUCACGAUGGACUAAAAAAGUGCUGUUUGAACAAUUAUACUAUUCUGGCACUGUACUUUCCAGUGCCUACAUAAGAAAGUUUUGAACGCCGCAGAAAAAUAAAUUUCGGGCGCUAUUUAUAACGCUUUCUGUAUAAGGUAAAGCACAAUGGCAGAAGCCCAUUCUGCUGUAGCAUUCUCCUUUGCCAUCACUCACGACGGCUGGGAUGUAAACUUUGAUCGAGAAGUACUCUACCUUGUAUGGGAGUCGGGGUUGCGGUCAUGGAAGAAGCGCCUUGCUAGAUUUAGAAAUAGUGUCCACAAUGGAGUUUAUCCAGGGCACCUUCAAUCACUGUAUGUCUUAUGGACAUUACUAGUUGCUGCUCAUUUUGGUGGAUUCAAUAUACCAUUUGGUUUAGUACAAAAAGCCUUAACGAUUCUACCUAGCAAUUCUACAAUGUGGCAAGUGAUAGCAUGUCUGUUGGCAGCACUGACUAUGUGGCUUACUGUUAUAUUUUUAAUGAGAUAUCUACUUAAGUUACUACUUAUGUACAAGGGAUGGAUGUACGAAUCUCGUGCGCCGGGCUCAAAGAUAUCUUUAAGGACGAUUCUUUGGGUGAGCGUCGUAAAAGUGUUGUCGGGUUGGAACAAACCGCGCCUGUACAGUUUCCAAGGGUCGCUGCCGAGACUCCCUUUACCAUCCGUUAAAGAUACUAUGAAAAGGUAUUUGUUGAGCGUUCGGCCGCUGCUUGAUGAUGAUAAUUUCAAAAGAGUAGAGCGGCUUGCUAAGGAGUUUGAAGAAACGAUUGCCGUCAAACUCCAGAGAUAUCUCGUACUCAAAUCAUGGUGGUCAAGCAACUACGUCUCAGAUUGGUGGGAGGAGUACGUGUACCUUCGCGGUCGGUCUCCUCUCAUGGUGAACUCCAACUUCUAUGGAACAGAUACUUUGAUGCGUCCCACUUCCAUACAAGCGGCUAGGGCCGGCACAAUUAUACAUUUUUGCCUGAGAUUCAGAAGACUUAUUGAGAGACAGGAGUUGGAACCGAUAAUGCUACAAAACAUGGUGCCGCUAUGUUCAUGGCAAUACGAACGCCUGUUCAAUACUGUGCGUGUUCCCGGAGUGGAGACGGAUAAAAUAGUGCAUUAUCAGGACUCCACGCACAUCACUGUAUACCACAAGGGGAAAUACUUCAAGGUCAUUGUGUACUCUCGGGGCAGGCUUCUGAAUCCAGCUGAGAUUCAAAUCCAAAUCCAACAGAUUCUUGAUGAUAAAACGGAACCAGCGGUCGGCGAGGAGAAGGUAGCUGCGCUCACAGCCGGCGAAAGGUCGCACUGGGCUCACGUCCGUCAGACCAACUUCAACCGCGGCCACAACCGGACGUCUCUGCAUUGUAUCGAGCGAGCCGCUUUCAAUGUGUGCUUGGACGAUAAAGAGUAUGGAUUCGACGAGAAUGACCCGUCUACACUUGACGAGUACGGACAUGUGCUAUUGCACGGUAAAGGCCACGAUCGUUGGUUCGAUAAGUCGUUCAACUUGUGCUUCAGUACUAAUGGGGCGGUUGGAUUCAACACCGAGCAUACUUGGGCGGAUGCACCUGUUAUGGGCCACCUGUGGGAGUUUGUGAUUCUCUCUGAAUUACAGUAUGGUUACGCGGAGGACGGCAACGCACACGGGCCGGUGGACGUACCGCCGCCGGCCGCGAGCCGCCUGCAGUGGGAGCUGGCCAAUGACGAGCUGAUGAACAGCAUCGACCUGUCGUACAACGUCGCACAGAAACUGCUCAACGACGUCGACCUCAAGAUACUCAUGUUCACUAAGUAUGGGAAAGGAUUCAUGAAAGGUCUCCGCGUAUCCCCUGACGCGUUCAUACAAAUGAUCCUGCAGCUAUCGUACUACCGCGACGCCGGCCAUUUCUGCUUGACUUACGAAGCCUCCAUGACGCGCCUCUUCAGAGAGGGCCGUACUGAAACCGUGAGGUCUUGUACCAUCGAGAGCUGCAAAUGGGUGAAAGCCAUGGAGGAUCCUAACUCGACGAUCGAAGACCGUCUGGAGCUGUUCCUCAAAGCGAGCCAGCGCCACCAGCUCGGUUACCAAGACGCCAUGGCUGGCCGUGGCAUCGACCGCCAUCUGUUCUGUCUCUAUGUGGUCUCCAAGUACCUCGAGCUGGACUCGCCCUUCCUGCAGGAAGUGUUCAACGAACCCUGGAGACUGUCCACCAGUCAGACGCCUUAUGGUCAAACGAGUCUCAUGGACCUAAAGAAGUAUCCGAAGUGCGUGGGCGCCGGCGGCGGGUUCGGUCCAGUAGCGGACGACGGCUACGGUGUCUCUUACAUCAUUGUCGGUGAAGACAUGCUGUUCUUCCACGUGUCCAGCAAGAAGAGCUGCCCCGUCACGAGCUCGAGCAACUUUGUGAAACAAAUCGAGAGAUCGCUCAACGACGUCGAAGCUCUCUUCAAUGAGUACAAGAAAAUAAAAGGCACCUCCAGCAAUAGUAAAUAGUUUGAAUUUGAAAUAUCAUUGUUCUAGCUUAAGUUCCAUUUUUGUUGUUGUUAUAAUGCUUGUAGUUUAUAUAUCUGUAACAAUACUUAGCUAAUUUUACUAUUUUAUAGAGUAUGAUUCACAAUCUUUUGUUUGGAAAAAAAUAUACACUGUAUUUGAUAGAGUUUUUGCGUUGUGUAACUAUGUUUUUUUGAUAUUUCGAAUUUGGUGAAUUAUUGCAACACAUCAAUGCAAAUAUGUUUUAUUUUACAAUGCUUAAGGUUAACGGUGAAAGUUAUAAACUGUGUUAGUUUUAUUAGGUGUAAGUAUAUUCUGAGCAUUUAAAUCAGAAAUCGCUACUAACAAUGUUAUUUACAAGUGAUGCUAACAUCACACAUUAAAUGACAGCUUCCCAUUUUGAUGACAUAUCAUCAUAUUAUUAGUUACUCAAUGUCUGUUACUCAUUUCUUACUCAAUAAUAUUAAUUUUAAACACAGGCAGUGUUUAAUGUGUGAUUGUUAAAAAUCAGGUAUAAAUAUGUAAUAAAAAAUAGUGACUAUGAGAUAUUUUUGGAGAAUUAUUGUAUAUUUUUUCGACUAUCAAUUUUAACUAGUUUGUGGUAAGUGUAAGUUUUGAUAUGAUACAUAUAUAAAAAUACACGAUUGCCGAGAUCUGUCUGGUUUUAUGUGUAUGGUAAUGGAAUAUUAGUUUGUAAGAAUGUAUCGAAUUUGUCCAUGAUACUUUACGAAUUGUACUCAUCACACCCACCUUAUUUCACUAUGUAUACACUACUUUGCACUCUUUUAUACAUACAACUGUUCCUGUGCUAGUAUACUAAUUUUAUAUACUAAAAUAUUUCUUUACAAUAAUUUUUCGUGUAUUUAUACAUUUUCUAAACUUUCUGACGCAUAAUAUUCACAUUAAUGUUCAGUCAAAAGUCAAAUUUAAGAGAGAUCAUGGUACAUUUAUUGCCACAACAAGGAAUAACAUCUAUAACAGAUACUGGUAUUUGAAUAUUUCUGGGUAAAAUGUUUUCGAUGUUUUUUAUGAUAUGAAAUCAAUGUUUAUAUUUUUAAAUUAUUUGUUGAUUUCGAUUAUUUUAUGAUAUCUAUAAUUUUGUUGUUGGUUUGCCUGAAGAAAUACCUUUACUUAUCAAAGUUCGCCUUAACAUAAUUCUGUCCAGUUAGAGCAAUUGUACAUUUUAUAGGAUUGCAGUGUACAGGCAUUGAAGUACACCUACACAUUUUUACAUCUCCUAUUUUAAUGACUCAUUAGUAUUAUUUAUGUUGUUACAGAGUUUUCAUCAUUAGUGUAAUUAUUGAUCAAAUUUUUAAUAAACAGUUCUUAUAUUA